AUGAGCGAUAUCUAUGUCAUACGCAACCUUCCUCACAACCUCGAGGAACAGAAGUUACAUGAGUUGAUCUACAAGACAUUCACGCAAGAGGCAGUACAGAUAGUAGAGUACAAUCAGGGCUAUCCAGGUACGAAGGAGAACACUCCAACAAGAUGUUAUGUAAAGAUUGCUAAACAAUCUGUGGAUGCAUUCAUUGAUCAUAUCGAUGGAAGACCAUUCGUGAACAAUAGAGGCGUGGAGGAAAGGUCAACAUUGGAGAAGGCUAUCUUUAACAUACCUUCAUCACAAAGGGCCGUCAACAACAAACACAACAACAAGGUUGAGACUUCAAAGACAUACUUGUCAUUCUUACAACAACUGAAUGCUCCUGAGCCUGCACCACCCUCACUUGAGGCACUGCGCGAGAGCAUUGAGAAGGCAUCACGUCAAGAUGAGCAGAGAUCAUUGAUCAUUGAGGAGCUAACAAAGAAGAAGGAGGCAAAGAAGGAGGCAAAGAAGUCAACCAAGCAUGAGAAGAAGAGAAAGUGA